AUGAUCUUAACACCUUCCAGAACUCCUGUGGUCCUCUAUUAUAGAAACACUGUUGAAGUUCUUCAGGACUUGAUGAAGAGUCCUUUAAUAUGUGACUCCCUCAAUUUUGCUCCCCUGCAAAUAUUUGAGGAUUCCAGAAAAUUAGUCCGUGUUUAUGAUUCCUGGCUAUCAGGAAAUAGAGCUUGGCAAAUGCAGAGCCAGCUUCCAGAAGGAGCGACUCUGUUAGGCACCAUCCUAUCAUCUGACAAGACAACGGUCUCUGUCAUUACUGGAAAUCGUGUAGCUCAUCCCUUGUUGAUAUCUUUGGCAAAUAUAGAUAGCGAUCUAUUGUCGAAAGCUUCUCUAUAUUUGUUUAAUCUUCUCGCACUUCUCCCUGUUCCAAAAUAUAUCGAAAGAAAAACCUCCGUGCGUGGCGUACUUGAAAACCGGCUAUAUCAUGAAUGCUUGGAUAUCGUCCUGGAACCACUCAAAACUGCUGCUAGUAUCGGCUGCUUGAUGAGCGAUCCUGUAGGACAAGUCAGGGUUUGCUACACUCCCUUGGCUAGCGCCAUUGUCGAUACACCAGAAGCCUCUUUGAUCGCCUGUACAGGUGGCAAAACUUCUCCGUUCACCCGAGCAAUUUAUAAAGAUUUUGGAGACGGAAAACUUCACCCUCCUUGUCUAGCUACAGCAACUCUAGAGGCUAUAGAUAGUAUUCAAGCACGGAACAUUUUUCCUCAGGAUCUUCCCGCAUAUCAAAGAGCUUCAGUGACUGCACGGACCAACGGUGUUGUUUCCCCUUUUUGGAGAGACUGGCCUCUUGCAGAGCCAUGCGAAUUUCUCACUCCUGAACCUCUACACCACUGGCACAAAAUGUUUUGGGACCAUGACGCAAAAUGGGCUAUACAAGCUGUCGGAGCCAGUCAUAUUGAUUUUAGAUUCUCGAUACAUCAGCCAAUUGUUGGUUAUCGCAGCUUCAAAGAGGGUAUCUCAAGUUUGAAGCAGGUGACUGGUAGAGCGCAGAGAGAUGUUCAAAGAUACCUCAUUCCCCUCAUCUCUGGUGCUGUUAUACCAAAAUUCGUCACUGCUCUCAGGGCGCUAAUGGAUUUUCGCUAUGCUGGACAGGCACCAAGAUUCAACCAAGCUUCGACUCUUAGAGUUCAAACUGCACUCAAUGAGUUUCACGAAAAUAAGGACAUUAUUCAGGACCUGAAAGCUCGUGUUAAUCCCAAAGGAGUUCCUAUCAUCCACUGGGAAAUCCCAAAAUUGGAAUUCAUGCAAAGUGUUGCGCCCAGCAUUUCUGCCUCUGGACCC